AAAUUGUUCCCGAUUCUGCCGGCUCGACAAGAUCCAGUUCCUUCAACACCAGCCAAGCACUUGGCCCAGGCAUGAUAGCACCAUGAGUAAACGCGGCGCUGUCGACUCAGCGCCUGGGACGCCCCCUGCCAAACGGCACCAGGUUGACGACUUUGAUGACAUUUACAUUGACGACCCCGAUGACGAUGUCACCUCUGCUCAAACACCUGGAUCUGUAUCCGAAGCCGAUUCCCCCAUGACCGCAAACACCGGUGGCACAACUCCCCGCCCAAAGUUCCCCUCAGAUCUCAAGACCCUCGCCUGCACCUGGCCCGACUGUCCCAAGACCUUCAACCGCCCUGCUCGAUUGCGGGACCACCUCAACUCUCACACCAAUUCCCGACCAUUCAAGUGCACAUAUGCUGGCUGUGACAAGGAUUACAUUGAGGACAAACAUCUGAAGCAACAUGUCAAGGCUGUCCAUACACUCGAACGGAAACAUGUCUGCCCCAAGGAGGGCUGUGGAAAGAGCUUCGUCACUGGUACCAGACUCAAGCGCCACCAGGCUGUGCACGAAGGAGAGGAGAGAUUCCGCUGCAAGGACUGCGGCCAGAGCUUCCGCAAAAAAGAGACCCUGAACAAGCAUUCCCGAAAAGAUCACCAAGGCUUGCGAGCCCACCCAUGUCCUGAGAAGGAUUGUGACGCCGCAUUCGACUCCAAACCAGCCUUAAAGCGACAUCGAGAACGAGAACACGGCGAAGCAAAGUUUUGGUGCGGUGAGUGCGGCUUGAAGCGGAUGCCGGAUGGGACAGAGCAGCGUGUGGGAUUUACAACAGAAGUGCUCCUCCAAGCUCACGUCCGCCAAGAACACCAGAACUGUAUGUUCUGCGAGUUCAAGUCCGCCACUCGAUGGGAGCUUGAGAAGCACGUCGAGAUGCACCACUCUGGGAAGACUGUCGAGGAUCGAAAGACGAUUGCUUGCCCAUACGCGGACUGCACCAAGAAGUUCACAAAGAAGUCCAACCUCAAUGCCCACGUCCGAACCGCCCAUGAGGGCUUCCGCUUCGUCUGCGGAGAGGUCGAUAUAUCCAGUGCAGGGCUGGUUGGAUGGAACAAUGACCAGGGCUGCGGUGACAAGUUCAGCACCAAAGUCCGUCUGGAGGAUCACGUCCGCUACAAGCACCUCCGCCUGGAGCGCCCCAAGCUUUCCAAGGUACAGGCUCCCGAGCCGGACCUUAUCGACGAAAUCUCGGGCGUCGCGAACCUCGCCAAGCAAAAUAUCACAUGCCCCCACUGCAGCGAGGCCUUCUUCCGCUACCAUGACCUCGAUGUGCACCUCCAGAGUUACCAUGGACCAGGUGGUACCGCCGAGACCGACCCCGCGCUCUUCCUUUCCCAGACACAACUUGGCACUGAGCAACACCUUUUCGGUGAUGACUUCACCGCCCUAAACCCCUGGUCGGAGAAUAUACAUCAGGAAGAAAUAUUCGCUGCUCAGAUGAACUACGGUCCAGCUCACGACGAGUGGCCAGAGGACGAGGCCAACAUCCUCCUCCUAGCACGAGGCUCCCAGGAGCAUGAUUCCAUGAUCGACCCUGCAUUAGCAGCUUGAUGAUAUGAUACACAUGAAAACUAGCGUUGGUGAUCGGCCCUCGCAAUGUAAUUUAGAUACCCCUAGCCUCGUGGCUGCAGGAGACUUUACUCGGUAGUAUUUCUCCAACCAUUAUGAAGGAUAUGUUAGUAAAAAAUCAGCGGGUAGCGCUCGCGAAUGGUGUUGUCAGAUGGAGGGAAAUAAAAGCGAAUU